AUGAUCAGGGUAUCGCAUUAUCAAGGUAGCUCAAAUUGGUUGUCUAUUGUUCCAAAUGGGAUUUACAAGCUGUUGGUUCAUGCAAAGGAAACAUAUAAUAGUCCUAUCAUUUACAUCACAGAGAAUGGUGAGCGUGAUGGGAUACCUAUUGGUCCAAAGGGUGGCUCAAAUUGGUUGUCUAUCGUUCCAAAUGGGAUUUACAAGCUGUUGGUUCAUGUAAAGAAAAGUUAUAAUAGUCCUACCAUUUACAUCACAGAGAACGGGGUGGAUGAAGUGAAUGAUACGUCCCUAACAUUGUCAGAAGCUCGGUUCGAUGAGCUGAGGAUUAAAUAUCACCAAGACCAUCUCUCUUAUAUUAAGCAAGCAAUGGAAGAAGGAGUGGAUGUGAAGGCUUACUAUAUAUGGUCAAUGUUCGAUACUUUCGAAUGGGCAGCAGGAUACAGUGUUAGAUUUGGCCUUUUUUACGUAGAUUUCGUUAAUGGCAAUUUGACAAGAUUCCCCAAAACCUCUGCUAUAUGGCUAAUGAAUUUCUUGAACAAGAAGAGAUUCACGUUGAAGAGACAAGCUCCAAAAAAUGAAGAGGAGCAUGGCUCCGUGAAAAAGGAUAAGAAGCAGUGA